AUGAGUGUGAUGCUGACGGUGGUUUGCAAGACCGAGGGCGUCACGGUCCGAAACAUCAAGGAGCAGAGCGCCAACGGAACCAACAGCACCAGCGGGAACAGCACCGGGAACUCUACCAGCGGCGGUAGCGGGUCCAGCGGCGCGGCGGGCAACGGCGCCCACGUGCUCGCCUUCUCCACCGUUGUCGGCCCCAGCAUGACUUUUGUCUUUGGCAUGAGCCUGUAAGACCGACCACCUCAGCGAGGACGAGAAUCAAGAAGGGGCUGGGAGGGGGUCUUAAAGCAGGCGAUUGCCGCUGAAUGACAUCACGGCGAUGGGCACAGCGUGGGAAUUGCGUUUGUGCGUGGUAUGCUGGGUCUAAUGUACAUGUGAUGCUUUGAUACCAGUUCACCCUCUGGAUGCCGAAAUCUUCUCUUUCUCGUUCACGUAUAUUAGAUAGAACACUGCAUAUGUGGUACACGGUUGCUACCACUGUUACGAGUAACAACAGCAGC